AUGUCUUACUCCUCAACGGCAGUCCGAUUUUUCACAGCCCCCAAACCACUAGGCGACACCAUGAACGCAAACACAACCAAGAACUCCGAAUCCGACUCCCCAGCUCACGCGGUCGUGAGACCAAAUUUACCUACUAAGCAACCCUCGGAAGAGAUUGCCAAACCCCACACACCCAAAAGCCAGGGCUUGACUUUUGCACACCAGGAUGCGCUGCCCAAGCUACCUAUUCCAGAUCUAGAGGAUACUUGCCGCAGACACCUGGAAGCUCUACGCGCGUUGCAAUCCCCGCGUGAACAUGAAGAUAGCAAGGCCGCUGUUCGGGACUUUUUGAAAACCGAUGGUCCUGUUUUGCAAGAGCGGCUAAAAGCUUAUGCUGGUUCAAAGACAAGUUAUAUUGAGCAGUUCUGGUAUGAUUCUUACUUGAACUUCGAUAAUCCUGUCGUUCUGAACCUCAAUCCAUUCUUCCUCCUGGAGGAUGAUCCGACUCCCGCUAGAAACCACCAGGUUACUAGAGCCGCAUCACUGGCGGUCUCGGCAUUGGCGUUUGUUCGAGCCGUGCGUCGAGAGGAGUUGCCGGCUGAUGAAGUGCGAGGAACACCUCUUUGCAUGUAUCAGUACUCGCGACUAUUUGGAACGGCACGUGUGCCUACCGAGAAUGGCUGUAUCAUCAGCCAGAACCCUUCUGCCAAGCAUAUGGUUGUCAUGUGUCGGGGCCAGUUUUAUUGGUUCGACGUUUUGGAUGACAAUAGCGAUUUGAUUAUGAGUGAAAAGGACAUCUCGCUUAACUUACAAGUCAUUAUCGAGGAUGCGACACAAACUUCCAUUCAUCAUGCAGCCAAGGGAGCUUUGGGCGUACUCAGCACGGAGAAUCGGAAGGUCUGGUCUGGACUUCGGGAUAUCAUGACCAAGGAUCCAGGAUCCAACAAUGCCGAAUGUUUGAAUAUUGUGGACACUGCGCUCUUCAUUCUUUGCUUGGAUUACACAGAGCCAACAACAACAGCCGAGCUCUGUGCUAACAUGCUUUGCGGCACAAGCGAGGUCAUCAAGGGUGUCCAGGUCGGAACCUGCACCAACCGGUGGUAUGACAAACUGCAAAUCAUUGUCUGCAAGAACGGUAGCGCGGGCAUCAAUUUCGAACACACUGGUGUGGAUGGACACACGGUACUCCGCUUUGCUAGCGACCUUUACACCGACACCAUCCUCCGUUUCGCCAAAACUAUCAAUGGGCGGUCCCCAAGCCUUUGGGCAACGACUAGCCCCGACCCCUCAAAGCGUGACCCGCACAGCUUCGGAAACGUCAGCACGACGCCCCGCAAACUCGAAUGGGACAUGACACCCGAGCUUAACAUCGCGAUUCGCUUCGCCGAGUCCCACCUUUCAGACUUGCUCUACCAACACGAAUUCCAAGUCCUGGAUUUCGAAUCCUUCGGCAAGAACUUUAUCACCUCAAUGGGUUUCUCUCCAGAUGCAUUCAUCCAAAUGGCCUUCCAGGCCGCAUACUAUGGGCUUUACGGAAGACUCGAAAACACCUACGAACCAGCCAUGACAAAGAUGUUCCUGCACGGACGCACGGAAGCCAUCCGCACUGUCACCCCCGAAUGUCUCGACUUCGUCACAGCAUUCUGGGGCGAGAACUCCCCCGACCAAAAGGUCGACGCCCUUCGCACCGCAUGCCAGAAGCACACUGCUCUCACAAAAGAAUGCUCCAAGGGCCAAGGCCCGGACCGUCACCUCUAUGCCCUCUACUGCCUCUGGCAGCGUUCCUUUGAUGAAGGCGUCUUCCUAGACUCCAGUUCAACGGGCGGAUAUUCCAGUCCGGGUGAUUCACAAUCUCAAACACCAAGUCAAGGCAUCGAAUCACCCCGACUCUCCUCCCCCGCCCCUUCAGAAGACAGCUUCUCGGUGGGAAGCAGCGCACGCUACCGCACAAUAACCGCUCCGACACCAGCUAUCUUCGCCGACGCAGGCUGGGACAAGAUCAACACCACAGUAUUGUCGACCUCGAACUGUGGCAACCCGUGUCUGCGGCACUUCGGCUUCGGCCCCACGUCCGCCGACGGCUUCGGUAUCGGCUAUAUUAUUAAGGAUGACUCGAUCUCCAUCUGCGCUAGCUCUAAGCACAGACAGACAUCGCGUCUUAUGCACACUCUUGAACAAUAUCUGUUUGAGAUUCGGAAGCUGUUGCGUGCGACGAAUCACAAGACCAAGAGUCCGCGCACGAGUCGUGCUAGAGAGACUGAGGCUAUGGCUGAGAGUUUGCAGACGGAUUCGAAUCGUCGUGGCAGAAUUGUAAGAGGUGGUGGUGCACAUGGUGCUGAUACGCCUACCUCGGCUGCCGAGAGUAGUUAUCUGGAGGACGAUGGAAUGGGAGGAUAUGGCUUCUUCGAUGCUGGUAUGCUUCUACAUGCUCUCAAGGGUCUCAGUGCGGAACGGGAACAACGUGGGGAGAAGCCUGCUAGACGCAGGGGCUUCACAACCACCCCCCUCACCGCGGGCUAUGCGGACACACUACCAAACCUGAAGAUUGGCGCGCAUACGAAAGUAUUAUUCCAGGGAUUCACAGGAAGACAGGCAACAGCCAAUGUCAAAGAGUCCUUAGAAUGGGGCACUAAGAUCGUAGGAGGCGUCAAGCCAGGCGUGGAAGGCGAACACCUAGGCUUGCCCAUCUUCCCAUCCGUCAAAGCGGCCCAGGAACGGGCAAAACCCGAUGCAUCGGCAAUUUACGUUCCGGGGAACCAGACCGCCAAAGCCAUCGAAGAAGCCAUCGAAGCUGAAAUCCCGCUUGUCGUCGCUGUGGCGGAACAUGUGCCGAUCCACGACAUCCUUCGGAUCCACUCCAUGCUCCAAACGCAGUCUAAAACUCGUCUGGUUGGUGCAAAUUGCCCCGGCAUUAUAUCAGCUAUCGGUAAAUGUCGAAUCGGGUUCCAGCCAUUGCCUUGCUUCGCGCCGGGGAAUGUGGGUAUUGUAGCUAAGUCCGGGACUCUGAGCUAUGAGACUGUGGCGUCGACGACUCGAGCUGGGCUCGGGCAGAGUCUUUGUAUAAGUAUGGGUGGGGACGUGUUGGCUGGCACCAAUUUUGUGGAUGCGCUCACUAUCUUUGAGAAUGAUCCUGAUACGGAGGGUAUCAUCUUGGUUGGUGAGAUUGGGGGGACGGCGGAGAUGGAUGCCGCUGAGUGGAUUAAGGAUUAUCGAAGAAGGACUGUGGAUCCGAAACCUAUAAUGGCGCUUGUUGGGGGCUUGGAAGCGCCCCCUGGGCGGAUUAUGGGACAUGCUGGCGCCUGGGUUGCGCCCGGGGAACCAGAUGCAGAAGCUAAGUAUCAAGCGCUUGAACGUGCUGGUGCGGUGAUGGUCAAUCAUCCAGAGAAGUUUGGGGAGGGAAUGAAGAUUUUGUUGGCUAACCAGUCUAGUCGCCCUGGGACAAAUCCAAUCUCAGGGACCAGGUCUCAAAAGCGAGGCUUUCACACUAUGAGACGAGUUACGCCAACUUCGAGAAUGACUACUGAGCACAAGCGUAGCCUCUAUAUCAAGCAGUUCCAAGCAUUCGACAUCCUCAAGCAGAAAUCCGUCCGUGUGAACGAGUCAAGUUCUGAGUCCGAUUUCUCAAUUUCUAUCACAGUCGACCGAACAGCUUUAUCUCCAUGCAUCAUUGUUGCACCGACUGCCAAGUCUGAACCAGCUCGGUCGCUGAGAAUCCCGUUCCCUUAUACCCAGACCAAGUUCAAUGAUAGCCCCAUUGCUGCUACUGCAGCCUCGCACUUGAACCUCCCAGCCUCUGCUAACAAGAAGGUGGAAGAGUUAGUUCAAGCCCUCUGGGAAAUUUACAAGGAGAAAGAAGCCUUCGUUCUGGAGACGCGGGUUGGCAUCUCCGCUGAUGGGACUCUGGAAGUCCACAGUGCGCGGUUCGGAUUCGACGAUGCUGCGUUCCGUAGUUCAGGCCGCCAGGAGGAUAUCCACAAAUUGAGAAACAUCUCUGAAGAAGUCCCGGAGGAAGUUGAAGCCGAGAAGGACGGGAUUGUUUAUGUUAAGUUGGAAGGUGAAGGCAGUGUUGGCACACUAGUUAAUGGAGCCGGUCUUGCUAUGAAUACCGUUGACGCUCUGACAAUUCACGGCGGUCACUGCGCGAACUUCCUCGAUACCGGUGGCAAGGCUACUUCAGAGACUGUCAAGUCUUCAUUUCGAGUGAUUACCUCCGACGAGCGUGUCAAAGCCGUGUUCGUCAAUAUCUUUGGCGGAUUGACACGGUGCGACAUGAUAGCUGAGGGUAUUAUCUUGGCUUUCCGAGAUUUGAAUAUGAAGGUUCCAGUGGUUGUGAGACUGCGAGGUACAAAUGAGGAGUUGGGGCAGAAGAUGAUUGCGGAGAGUGGCCUUCCUCUGCAUGCAUUUGAUGGGUUUGAGGAGGCUGCAAAGAAGGUUAUUGCAUUGGCUAAGGGUCAAUAA